AUUAUUUAGUAAUUUCGUUUGCCUUGAAGGGAGAAGUGGAGUUGUUUAGACGCUGUUUUAACUCUUGGUUUUGUUUUUGCUGUCAGCCGUUUUCAAUAUUGGAGGUCGUAGGGUUCAAUCAGCUGAGGCGCUUUCCGUACUGAGGGAAGGGCGGUGAGGGGGAGGCAGCCCUCACGUAGUCUAUCAAACGUUACCGAAUUUUGAGGGCAGGUUUUAACCAGAUCCCUGUAAAAUGCGCUUUUUUUUUUUUUUUUUUCUUCCCUUUGGGAAAGAAAAGGUAUUUCGUUUUCCUUUGCUUUAAUUUUAUUAUUUUGAGUCCCCUCUGAUUUUGGGCACUGGGCUGCUUCACUUGAAUCCUUUAAAAAGCAUUCUGUCUAUCAAUUUUAACACCAUCCUUGAAAUUUUAAGCUUUAUCUCUUCUCUCUUUUCUUUACAGUGUUCAGUGAGAAUUAAACCAGAUUAAGACAAUUCAGCAGAUGAACACCCAUUAGUGCUGAUGAUGCACGAGUCCAGCCUCUUUCACAGCUUUCUGACAGUGUAUGUUUGCUAAAAGAGCUCCUUGGGGACACAGAGCACUGUUUAAAGUCAGUAGGUGUCUUUAUGGUACAUUAUCUGCCCAGUCAGCAAGUACAGCCAUUUUGAACUAUUUUUAGGAAUAGGGAGAAUCUUUCUCAGGAAGAUUUGGGAUGGCACAGCCUCGUAUCUCAGCCUACCUCCCGCCUGAUAUAGACCCCACCAAAGCUGCUCUGGCCUUUGGGAGGAGGGCCCUUCCUAAACUGAAUGAGGAGUUGCAGUCUGCUGAGCUGCUGACGCAGCAGCGGGCGCUGAUGGCUCUCUGCGAUCUGGUCCACGACCCAGAAAAAGUCUACCAGGCAAUAGCAUUAGGAUUCUUGGCUAGCCUGAAGACUUUGCUGGUGCAUCAAGACCAAACUGUCCGGCAAAAAACAACAGAAGUUCUCUCUAUAAUGGCUUUGCAUAGUAUUGGCAGGGAAGGGCUAAUACGAAGUGGAGUCAUUUCUGCCCUCGCCGGGCUCCUGGAUGAUCCAGUAGACAUCUGUCGGAAGAACACCCAUCAGAUUUUUGACAUGCUGGCAAAAUUACCUGAAGGGGCUGGUGGUGUCCUGCAGGCUGGUUUGAUUCCCCCACUGGUCCUGAAGAUGCAGACAGAGUUGGAUGAGAUCCAAGAGCUCAUCCUUGGUACCCUCUCCAACUGUCUCCGCGUGGAGGUUUCUGAAGCCCUGGCGGCUGGUGCUGUUCCUGUGCUGAAGGAAAAGCUCUCACACCCCUCCACAGCCAUCAGGAGCAAAGCAGCCUGGGUCCUCUUAGAAAUCAGUUCUCAUGCCGAGGGGAAAAUCGAGGUGUGCAAAGAAGAGGUGAUUCCUGUGCUGGUGAGCCUGCUGGAAGACACACAGCCCGAAGUUCAAGUUAGUUCAACGGGAGCGCUGAUGUUUGCUCUUGUUACACCUCAGGGGAGAUCCUCAGCCAUGGGUGCUGAAGCCAUUCCACCUUUACUGACGCUGGUUGCUGAGGAAACCAGCAAAGCGCGUUUGAAUGCAAUCAAAACCCUCACCCUGCUGGCUGAGCUGCCAGAGGGCCGCCAGACACUGCUGGAUCACAGGGACACAUUUCAGAGGUGUCUGGAUGAUCCCAGUGAGGCCGUGCAAAGAGCUGCCGAAAUCGCCAUCACCGUGAUCGACUGGAAACCCUCCUGCAGCCGCGAUCUUUUCUAGAGAUCUAUUGCCCUCUGUUGUUGUCUGGCUGUAAAAGGUACAUGAUUACAUGAGACCUUCAACACCAGACCUCCCUUCCUCACUUACUCUGGAUCAAUUUCUCCUGAAAAGUUAUUUGGCAACAGUUUCACAUCCAUAUUGCAGGUCACAAGCAGAAAAGUGGAGAAAAGUUAGGAAGUGUGGAAUUCUCCACUAGGAGUUAUUGCCCAAAUUACCAAGAUAUUCCUAUGAUAAAAGACAUGAACCCUUUUUGUUUUA